AAAUCAGACCUUGUGCGCGCCAACUAAGCAGUGGUGGGAAGAAUCGCUCGUCGCACGGCUUCACUCGGAUCCGAACUCGACCGCUAAGCCGUUCACGCGCUGCGCCAGCCCGCGCAAGGCGCGCCAGAGGCCAUCAAAUGAGGAUGCAAGCUACACUGCUGCUCGCCGCCGCGUUGCAGACGACGGCCCUCGUCGCGCCGCCGCCGCGACGACCACGCGCAUGCAUCCUACAAUCGUCGCCCUCGGACCGCUUCGGGAGCUUACCAAAAGCCCAGCAGUACGAAGCUUUACUACUCGCCGCGCUGAGCGGCCAGCAGCGCGAUAUUGAUAUCGCGCUGCAACUCAUCGAGGAGAUGGCCGCGACGAACGUGGGCAAGGUGCCCGCGAAGGUCGUAGGCGCGUUGGUCGACGCCGCGGUAGCCACCAAAGACGCGCGAAGGGUCGAUGCUGUCCUAACGGUAGCGAAGCGUUCGGGCGGCGCGCGGAGUUAUGGGUCUGCCGCGGGUUCGCCAAAACUGCCUCCCUCUUCUCCACAAGCGUUCCAGAGCUCUCUCCAACAAUGUCCGGAGCUGCCGACGGACGAUCGAGCCACGGAGACGGCGGCUGCUCUAGCGGCUCUCGCUUGCGUGGGUUUCCCCGCGUUGGCCGAAGUCGCGGCGUCCAUCACGGGCGGCGACGCGCCCGGGCCGGCCACCUUCACAUUGGUUGCGGACGCGGCGGCCUUCGGCGCCGACGCCUAUUUGUUGGGCGGCGAGAUCGCGAAGAAGGCGGGUGCCGGCGUCGAUCGGUUACUGGCCAGGGACGCGAGGAGGGAGGCGGAAUGUGAGGCGGCCUCUUUUGACCUGGGGUAUAGGUUAGGGUUGCCCUGCUUCGCGUUUUCGCCUACUGCUGUCGAAGCGGCCAACGCCGCUGUUGUGGAUGGGAGCGUGGACGAGAAUCGCGUUCGCGCGCUACUCGUGUGGCUCUGCGCGCCCGUCGCGUGUGAACGGAGGAAGCACCGCAAGCUCCUAGCGUCGGACCCGCGCCAGGCCGUGGCGUUUUUAACCCUCUUACGGGGCCGCGGGCAGUUCACGGACGUGAACAGCAACGAGGACAACGCGCGCUGGGCUUUGGGCGACGCGGCGCGCUUGCUCGAGUCGCGGACGCGGUCCGUCGAGGAGCUCGCGGACUUCUUCGAGUCCGGCGUGGCGACGGCGGGCGACGUCGUGGCGCGGCUCGAGCGCUGAUGUAGGUUCCUAAGAAUCGAAAUAUCGUCA